CUUGGGUGUCUGUUAUUGACUUUGGGAGAGGGUUCAAUGCACCACAACAAGAACUCAUCUGGAUUUCGGAGGACCAGACUGAAGACCAGAUGAAACCGUUUGUGCUCUUCUUCACGUGGACUCUUGCCUGGGCGUCGGUCUCGGCCAGGUUCACGUGGACAAACAAGCCCUCCGUCAUAGUCAGUACCUCGGACCUGGAUGUGGGGGAGAUCAUGGAGGUCAGCUGCACGGUGCCCAUCGACUACCGGGGUGGCGAUUGUCGUCUCUACCGGGGAGACUCUCGCUUACCCUUCCGACAUAUGUUGGCCUUGGACUACGUUUGCGUCUUCCGCCUGUCGUCCAGCGACCUUCUGGGGCCGCAGCCGGUCGGCAGCCUGGUGUCGUUGAGGUGCGACUACCACCUGCAAGACUACACGUCCGUGUCCAGCGACGGCGCCAGUGUUGCCGUUUGGGGCACUAGUCCCAGUCCCCAGCUGUCAGUCAGCCAUCGGGUGGUUUCUCCCAACGACACCGUGGAGGUCAUCUGCUCGCCGCCACGCCCGCCGGUCUACAAAUGUCUCUUCUACCGAGACCAGGACACCGUCGCCGAGGGACCCUGCCGACGCAAGCUGACGGGCAGCCAACUGGCCCGCUGGGCGACACCUGCCGUACUACUUCCUGUCAACCUGACCUGCCGAUACCGACCCCAGGAAGACGUCUACUUCCUCUCAGACGCCAGCAGCAACAUCGUGCUGUUUGUAGUCGACGCCGCCCGGGCAUCGUCCUCGCUGGCUUGCAACGUCAGGGUCGACUCAGGGCAGCUGCCGGCGUUCCAAGGCCUCCACCGGACCUUUGUCGGCAGCGGCGGGACUGCGGUCAAAGUUCACGUGACGGACAGUGGCGUGCAGCUCAACGCCACGUGUGACCACGCGCCCAACAAAACACCAGAAUAAAUGCUGGAAUUAUAAUUGAUAACAAUCAAUCAAUCAAUCAAUCAAUCAAAGUUGACUUAUAUAGCCCUAAACCACGAGUGUCUCAAAGGGCUGCACAAGCCACAACCACAUCCUCGGCUCAGAUCCCACAUCGGGGCAAGGAAAAACUCAACCCAAUGGGUCAACAACUAAAACAAUAAAAAAAAUACCAUCCAAAUAUCACUUGUAAUAAAUAAUAUUGAUUAA